ACCUACCUUUCUGAUUUCAUGGAUUACGUUUAACAUCCCUGCACUGACACUUCUGACAAACUAAACGAGGGUGAGAGGGACAAGCGGUAGAAAAUGGGUGGAUAGAUGGGUCUCUGUUAUAAAAGUCAAAUCAUCAAUAUAACUAAUGACAAGAUGGGAAAACGUUAAUACCGUACAUGUAUUUUCAGUACUCUCAACAAUGUGACAAAGCAGCGGCACACAGCAAUCCCCUCAUGAUGUGCCUGUGGACCAAUUGAUUUUGACAAGUGGACAUUUCUAAUCCACUCAUGUGAGCCAUAACAACCUCUGUCUCAUCUUCACAUUCAGACCACAAUAGGGAGCCUCAUAACAAUGCAGCUAAUUGGCUAGAUUACUAUAGUGUCUUUAACUGAAAUUCAAGUCAAAUAGUUUAAAUGUGAUGUAAUUAUUGAAGUAUUCAGGGCAUUUUGAUAUUAUUUCUAAAAUGGGUCAGCGCCUGAGUGAGGAUAGUGACCCGGACAAAGAAAUAGAUGUGGCCGAGCUGCAGGAAUGGUACAAAAAGUUUGUUGUGGAAUGCCCAAGUGGAACUCUGUUCAUGCACGAGUUCAAGAGUUUUUUUGGGGUCGCCGAUAACAAGGAGGCCUCAGAUUACAUUGAAAGCAUGUUUCGAGCCUUCGACAAGAAUGGAGUAAGUGAUCACCUUAUUUUGCAAAUGUGCAAAUGUGAACUGAUCUCUGUAUUGUGUGCUUUUAACAUGCUACGAUUUUUGUGUACACAGGACAACACCAUUGAUUUUCUCGAGUAUGUUGCAGCCUUGAACUUGGUCCUGAGGGGUAAAUUGGAGCACAAGCUUAAAUGGACAUUCAAAAUGUAUGAUAAAGAUGGAAGCGGGUGUAUUGAUAAAACAGAGCUUCUAGAAAUUGUGGAGUCUAUUUAUCGGCUGAAGAAAGCCUGUCACGGAGAGCUGGAUGGAAAAUGCAAUCUGCUGACCCCGGACCAAGUAGUGGACAGGAUAUUUGAGCUGGUUGAUGAAAAUGGAGACGGUGAACUCUCCCUGGAUGAAUUCAUUGAUGGAGCACGGAGGGACAAGUGGGUGAUGAAGAUGCUGCAGAUGGAUGUCAACCCUGGGGACUGGAUCAAUGAACAAAGACGCAGUGCGAACUUGUAAGGCUGCAGCAUAGACUGUCGUCUGUCACACAGCCUUUGU